AUGAUCUGUACACGAUUCGGCAGAGAGAAAAGGACCCCUAGGGAAUACGCUGCACGCUUCAAUCAUGAAUACUCGAGGUGUCCGGAAACGAACGAAAAGGCAGCCUACGGUGCCUUCAAGAGUGGCCUUCGGUCCUCACAGUUUCGGUACCUUGUGCACAGUAGCAACUGCCGCACCUACGACGAACUGAUAAAGCAAGCAGCAAUCCACGCCAAGGCUGAGUAUUUCAACUCCAAGUCCGGGCCUUCGGCUCGGCAGGAGGAACCAGCAUUGAAAGGCUAUCCCGGGCAAGGAUCACCGUAUGCCCCUAGAAGAACUGACGAAUCCUCGGAGGGCACAAAUGGAAAGACGACCGUGAUAAUCGACAGGGAAGUUCAAAGAAAGGACGAGGAAAAUACGGUCGGAAUGACCACCGCGCUCCCCUACCUAAUCACGAUUGCACUCAAGAAGUCUUUACCCCGCUAA